GCGUCGCACAAUGUUGCACCACAGCUCUGUGAGACUAACCUCUGCAUAAGAACAUUUCUUAAGAAAAUAUGAGCAAAAAGGACAUGAUAUGCCGGCCAGUCUCUUUAAAAUUCACAAUCGAUAAUAUUCUUAAAAAAGAUGUUUGCUCAAAAGCACCGCCUCCAUUGGACAGCGCGUAUCCAUCCAGAAAGGACAGGAGGCAUCAGUCAGCGCACAGGACAUCAGACGAAUCAGUGCGGACGGUCAUCGCAUGUGUUGUCAACUCUCAGAUCGAUGCACAUGAUGUUCAAAGAGUGAUUGACAUGUGUCCAAAAACGGAAAGAAUGAGCAGUAUGGAAGAAAACGAAGAACAGAGAAGCACCAAUAAUCCUAAACCAAUAACAAAGAAGAAAACGCGUACGAUUUUCUCCAAGAGACAAAUAUUCCUACUGGAAUCUACAUUUGACAUGAAAAAAUACCUCAGCACCGCCGAGCGAGCUUGCCUUGCCAACUCUCUUCAACUCACAGAGACGCAAGUGAAAAUCUGGUUUCAGAAUCGUCGGAAUAAAUUAAAGCGGCAGUUAUCUACGGACUGUGACGGACCCUGCUCACCGGAACACGUAUCAAUCGAUGCUCUAAAGAAAAUGCAGAUACCCAGUUUGUACAGUGAAGAUGUAGGAAACGCUUUAUGGAGAGGAUGCUUAUUACCGGUGCCUUUCCCUGUGAAUGGAAACACAUCCCCUUCCCCAUAUGUGUACCUUUCCAAUGCAAAUAACUAUUUUAGUAUUUUCGAUGGAGAUAUGCAAGUUCUCGAAGCCUUCUGGGUCACAGAACGCUUUACAUCAUCUCGCUUUUGAAAUCACAUUAACGAAAUGAAAAGAAUAAAGAGGACACUUGAUUUGAACCCCUUCUGAUCACGAUACCAAAUAGUCAAAGCUAACUUUGUUUGUGUCACAUGUGCUCGCAUGUGUCACUUUGUAUCAACAUCAACAUAAGUGCACAGUUUAUUUGUGGAAUAAAAGGCCAAUAAUAACAAUGCUACUAGUCCUAGUAAUAACAAUAGUAAUAAUCAUGAAUAUAUCAUUAUCAUUGGGUAUAUUUUAAUAUAUCAGAUAUUUGAUGCACUACACCGCUCUGUCAGAUAAACCAAUUAUGUUUCAUUGAAAUGUUAUAAGCAAGUAGGCCUAAUGGGUAGGUAUGCUAAUACGAAUUAACCUGCAUUUAAUAAUGUUGUUUUUUUGUUUUGUGGAAUGAUGGUCCCAUAGGCCCAAAUAUCUUUUUUUGUUUUUGCAUGUCAGUCUUACACUACCAUAGAUAUAUUGUGCGCUUUGCCAGGAUUCAUUCAAUAAAAAUAACAUUUGGCUUUUUCAUUCAAACGCAACUGGAUUGGCCCAAACGACUAAAACUGGGUAUGUGAAUAUUUGUGUAAUUAAUUGACAUUUAAUAUUUUUCCCCCUCCAAGGGCUAUUCUUCUAAACAUGCUUCCAGCGCUCUUUUCGGGUCACUUACCUCCUUUGCCUCCUAUCUGUCAUAUGUUCAAGGGCCUGCCACUUUGCAUCCAUUCAACGCUUGAGGAAAUACGCCAUAUUCUCCUGUCACGACAUCUGGAGCAUAUUUGUGUCGUAAAGGAAAUAUAUACAAAAAAUACAUAGGAAAAGACGGAUUAAGAAAACUGGUCGAGCACAUAAAGAGGGAUUCAAUGCGAUGGGUCUGUGGCAUGUAUUCCUAUGCAGCAAUUGUCCUACUGAUAAGUUUAUUGACACCACAAUGUUGUUGUUUCUUUCUUCUUUCAAAUAAUUCAGAUUGUUGAGCACAAUACGCUCCUCUUCCGGAAAGUUUUGCGGUUUGCCUUUAAGCCUAUUUCUGUCAUAUUUUGACUGUUUUUCGCUUUAAAGAUUUAUAUCGCACGACAAAACAUUUGGUUGUCUACGGAAGAGGAUUAGGGCCAAGCAAUAAUACAAAAAAAUA